AUGAAUAAAUAGGACAAGAGAAAAUUGCCUAACCAUUUGUAAUAUGAUACUGUUAGUCCUGCAACUAAAUUGUUAGAAAAAAGAAGGAAAAUGUAUGAAGUUCAUGAGGCUUUCGAAGCGUAGAGAGAAGAAUUUAAAAAGUGAUUAUUACAAAUAGGAUAUAGAUAAGAAGACAAGUUUAAACAAGAGGAAGAGAAGAUUCGUUCGAAAGACAUGGAAAUACAAGAAUCUUUGAUCAAGUUUUGCAAGUUUUUAUAAGAUAAUGAGGCAAAAAAAAAAAGAGCAGAGGGCAGGCUUGAAGAAGAGAAACGAUAAAAAUAGUAAAAGGAAAAAGAAAUAUAAGAAUUGAAUGGUCUAUUAUAGGAUUUAACAAAGAAAUAAUAGAGACUUGAAAAGAAGGGUAUGUGUACGUUUAUAUCAAAACAGUUACCUCAAUGAAAAAAUAUGAAGAAUAUUUAGAUAGUGUAGCAAAACAAUAUCCAGAGUAAUAUCAUGAUAUGUCAUCAAUUUUAGAAAGACAUAGUACAUUAUCAAGUUAAAAUACAAAAUUGGUUGAGGAACAUUCAUCUAUGGAAAAAGAAUAUGAAAAAUUAAAAUAUGAAUCAACUUAAUAUGAAAAGGAUAAAAAUCAUGAAAUUUUACAAUUAAAUAAUGAUAUUAAGGAAUUAUAAAAGAAAUUAGAAGAAAAAAUAUCAGAAAGAAAUUAAUUAUAAUAAAUAGUAGAAGCAUCAGCAAAUGAAGCAUCAUCAAAAAAUUUAAGUUUAGGAAGAAUUUUAAUGGCCAUUGAUAAUCUAUUUAAUCGAUGUUAAGAAGGAACAUAAAAGAUUAAACAUGAAUUGGAAGAAACAAAAUAAGAAAAUAAUAAAAAGGAUGAAAAAAAGUUAAAAAAGGAAGAUAAUAAAAAAUAAUAAAAUAAAGAUGAAGAGAAAGAAGAAGAAGAAGAUAAUUAUGAAGUAAAAAGUUAAUAAGCUAUGUAAAAAUUAAAAAUAAUUUCUUUAUAUUUGAAUGAUUAUAAAAAAAUUAUUUUUGGAUGUAAAGAGGAUUAUAAAAAAGCAUAAAAUAAAUGA